GAACUUUGGAGCUAAUUACUUUGCCAGUUAUAGUCUUGUGAAACUCCGCUUAUCGAAAUAACGCAUUGUAGCGAACAUCAUCAACAUGUAUCCUGAUUUGAUGUUUCUACUGUUCAGCAACCUGGAAAUACAGAUAUCUUUUAAAGAGACGGAACACAGUUUUUAUUGAAGCGACUGACUUCGGAUCAAGCUCUUCAAGAGGCGACUUUGACUCUCUUAAGCAUUUCAUCCGCAUUCACUUACUAUGGCAUCGGGUGGUUGGGAACCAUGUUUCCAGUGCGAGAACUGCGACUGUGCAAUUACUUCUGCUCAAAGCUGGUCUACGCUGCAAAGGAAAAUAGUAUGCCAGGAUUGUCUGAGCCAUGUUCCAUCUGAUGCGGGUGUAGAUCCGGUGAGUCCAACUGAAACUUGGCGAUGUCCGAGACAUCCCCAAAAGCCAGUUGAGUUCUUCUGCAGUUCCUGUGGCGCAGCCAUCUGCCAGAUUUGUGCUAUCACACACCACAGGAAUCAAGAUCAUCAUGUAGAGGACAUCGAGGAUGUGGCGCAAAGGCAUCGUUUGUCUUGCAGGGAUCACCUGCAACAGGUCACAGCUAAAAUGGACGCGAUGCAGCUAGUCGAGAAGACGGUUGAAGAACAGGCAACAAACCUUGGGGAACAUUUUAGAGAGGUCGAGAGGGAUAUCAGAGCUGCAACGGCCGAGGAAAUACGAAUAUCCAGUCAGGAGAGAGCAAGAAAACAACAGGAAAUACAGAGCAGAUUUGAUAAAGAACUGAAGCGAUUCAGGGAUGAAAUUGCUCAAGUUGAUCAAGAAGCAGAUAAGAUUAAAGGAGAGAUUAAUAUGAGAAGCCAAAUCAUGCUAACCGAGUUAUCUGAUGUCAAUGACAGAUUUUAUGCAGCUAUGCAAACUAAUCAGACAUAUGUAAAAGAUAAUAUGUCAGAUCUAAGGAGCAUGCACAAACAGCUAAACGAGCUUCUGAGCUCAGGCCAAAAGCAUAUUGUAGAGUGUAGCAAUGCAUUAAAGCAACAAGUCACAGGUGGAAAGACAGAUGGAAAGACAGAUGAAGCCGAUUCUGCAACCUAUCUUGCCCAACUAACAAGAAAGGUUCGAUUUGUGAGGAGACAUGAAAAUCGUCUGAUUGGUCAGUUGAUUGGAUUGAACAGAUCUUGGGAGCUGAAGCAGAGAAUCAAAAUCCCAGAAUACGUUAAAGAUCCACUCUUUGUCACUGCCAUUGAUGAUGACCUAAUGGCACUUCUCGACAAUGAAUCCUCACAACUCUAUGUGGCAAGCCUGGCAACACAAAAGACACGUCUGUUCAUAUCAUCCAAAGGUUCUGAUGCAAAAGUAUGGGACUGUGCCCCACUCAAAAGUGACACUGUUGUCUGUGGUCACUACAACAGCAAUUGCGUAAGCCUCUACAGCACCGAUGGCAUAUUCACCAACAUGAUACCUGUGCCAGCAGGAUUCCACAGAUUCGUUGCUGUGACCAAGGAUGGUCUGAUUCUUUCGUCGACCAAUGAUGGCAGUCCAACUAUCUACUUCAUUGAUCCUGGAAACCGAAUACUUCUUGGAAAGAUGACAUUUCCAGGAAAAACCAUCAGUGGCAUUCAGACAACACCCUCAGGGCACAUCGUCGUACGGACUGGAAAUGCAGAGUUUACGGUUGUUGACAGCACAGGCAGCAUACAGAGGACAGUGGAUGAUCCAGACUGGGCUGGGGCACAGUGUGGUGUUGAUCAGAUUGGGAACAGGCUCUUUGUGGUGUACUACAAGAAGGGGAAAACUUCAAUUAACGUCACCAUUACAUCCCUGGAUGGGCAAGUGGAGGAGAAGGACAUUGUGUCCUUUGAGGUGUCCUCUAGAUCAAACUACUUGUCCAGGUGUGCCAUGACUUCCAUGGGCAGUCUGGUGGUGUGCGAUGGCGACUAUCUUCUGGAAUACCGCCGGGUGGUAGACUUCAAACAUCUGGAGAAGACCUUGACACAAGGUGUUCCCAAGUCCACAAAGUCAUCGCAAUGAACAUGCAAUCUGUACAA